UAUUAAUGCAGAAAUAGAAGGGAACGGACUCCACCCCCCUCCGCGGGCCGCGGCAAAACCGAGUUCGUCGUACGCGGCCAAGCGAGAGAGUCCCAGCGAGGCGCCCCCUCGACCUCGCGAGCGGGGCGGCGCGCGAGGUGGAGAGCGAGCGACGAACAAAGAAAGAACGGACCGGUGGUUCAGAAAGCCGGGUGUUUGCUCGCUUUCCGUCGAACGAGGAGGAGGGAAAAUAAAGGAAAGUGGAGUGGAAGGGAAAGAACCGAAGAAACCCUAAUCGAGGGCGAAAGAGGGGGUGCGAUGCAGAGGAGGGAGGAGGAAGCUCCAAGUGCAGUGAUGACAUGCGGCACAGCUGAUGCUCUCUUUCUCUCUCAGUAGCUGGAAAUUUCUGCCUCGUAGUGUACCCACUUCCGAGGGUGUGAUCGCCCUUCAGGAACUCAUCCUUGUAAUCUAAUCCUUGUAGUGUACCUACUUCCGAGGCAUUCCCCCGUUCUUUAUAUGUUUGAGAGUCCCGCUUCCUUGUAACGACAUCCGCAUCCACUCCUGUUUUUGGUCCCUCGCCCCCACCCCCCCUCCUCUCUCUCUCUCGGUCGCUCUCGUUACUUGACUAGGUUUGGAAACUCUACUGAUAAGCCAACCUGUCCAUGAAGGGGUGGGGCUUGAGUUGACCUGAAUUUGUCAGAUGAGAGUAACUGUGAAUUGGACCUGUUCUUUCAAGAGGGGGUUUCUGCAGGUUGCUUAUUCCAAUGGUAUGCAAGACUGGUUGUGGGAGAAUGGCUGCCAUCAUGAGGCUUCUCACGGUUGGAAGUUGUCCAGAAGUUAUGACAGAAGAGGACACAAAUGAGAAGAUUGCUUCUCAGACCAUACGUAAGGAGUUUUAUGAUGCAGACGAGGCAAAUUUACUUGAAGAAGAAGAUAUGCAUGUAUUUGAUUGUAGACCACUGGUAGAUCCCUUGCACCUGGUCUGUUGCAAUGCUUGUAAGAAGCCAGUCAAAGCCAGUCAAUAUGCAGCCCAUGCAGAGCGCUGUAAGUCAUUAAACUAUACGAAAGAUCUUGUUCUGGAGCUUGAUGGUGGUUCUGGUUGUAAGAAGCCUCCGAGGAAGGGGAGAAAAAUACCACAAGCAACUAACGGGACAUCUGCAUCUGUUGAUCAUACCAUAGUACUUGAUGCUUCUGAAAUUGACAUUGGAGGCAGGGGACAUCACAAGAUACCGAAUGCAGGAACGGAAGUACCUGGUAAUGCUCUGAACAGAUAUCAGAAGUCUAAGAUACCAAAUGCAGGAACAGAAAUGCCUUCUAAUGCUCUGAACAGAUAUCAGAAGUCUAAGGAGUAUCUUAGGAGGAAUGCUCCAGUUCCACUUGCUACCAAAAUUUACCACUUGCAAGGCAACAAUCAUCUCCGAUUAGAACUUGGCCAUCUAUAUCGCGAGGCAUGUGCAGAAAAGCAUGGCGCCAGUGAUUCCCUAAUGCCAGAAUUAAUGAAGGACAAGGGUAUGAUGUCUAGACAAGUCUCACCUUCUAGUAAAUUAUUACAUGAGAGAGACAUGUACUCCUUGGCUGCUGUCUGGAACCAUGAUCAGAUGCUAGCACAUAGUUCAGAACUAUUCUUGGGAACCUCAGGAGGACUACCAUCAGGAGGUAGCUUUCCGAAUCAUUUCAGAGAGGACAGCUUUUCAAAACCUGAAGUGGUUGGGGCUUUGUUGGGGAUGAUGAAAACCACAUAUCAUUCUGCACGAUAUGCAUAUCCUGUCAACUCAGGUUUGGCUCUGGGAACAAUGCAGAAGACAAAUGGGAGUGUUCCUGUGGUUUAUCUGUCCAUAGACUGGUUCUAACAAAGGAAGGUUGAUUUUUUGUACGUCAUCCAUAUUAUAGUUGGACAAAUGGUGGAAGCCAUUAAACGUUUUUCUUUCUUUCUUUCUUUUUUCACUAUUGUUCUUGCAUUAUGAUAUUGAUUAAUUUAUUUCAUUUACAAUCUGUCGGCUGCAUUAGCUUAUGCUUGAUGGAUUGCCUGUCUUCUAUUUAUUCAAAUGUGGGUUCUCUUAAUGGAAUGAUUCUGCUGCGGUCCUCACACAGGUCAGAAUGGUGAUUCAUUAGUAGCUGUCAAGGCUGGACUAUCAAGGUGUAAGAAAUUGCUCACGAAUCAAUGCUCCCUUGCUGCUGGAACUAAUUCUCGUGCCAAUGAGUCAUUUUUGGUUAUUUAUAUCAUACUCUUAUGCAAAGAAAGAUGGAAUGGUGACUAUAUUUGAUAUGCUUCACAGGAUGGCCCAUGAAUGGUUUCGUUGUGCAUCUCAGUCAACAUGUUUAGCACUUCAUGAAUUUGUAAAUAGUUUCAACUUUCAAUUAUUAGCAUUCUCAAGUAUUCUAGAUUGAUAACAUUAACAUUUUGUUAUUUUAAGGUCCAGAUUUUCUUUCUUCUU